AGGGGAUGAAUGUUUUCUAAUGCUAAGGAAAGCAGAAGACAAAGAGUAACUAUCACAGGCCCUGCUAACCUGCGGCUUCCAGAAACUUGUUGCUCUAGAGCCGCAACCAUGGCGGCCUCCGAUCUGUCUGCCAGCCUCCAGGAGGAAGCCACCUGCGCCAUCUGCCUGGACUAUUUCACGGAUCCGGUGAUGACCGACUGUGGCCAUAACUUCUGCCGGGAGUGUAUUAGUCGCUGCUGGGAACAAGCCGAGGGUCCAUUUCCAUGUCCGGAGUGUAGGGAGAUGUCCCCUCAGAGUAACCUACGGCCCAACAGGCCGCUGGCCAAGAUGGCCGAGAUGGCUCGGCAGUUGCAUCCACCGUCGCCUGUACCCCAGGGUUUGUGUAGGAAACACCGGGAGCCACUGAAGCUCUUCUGCGAGGAGGACCAGGUGCUCCUAUGCCUCACAUGCAAGCGCUCUCGGGACCACUGGACCCACCGGGUGUCCCCUGUGGAGGAAGCCGCAGAGGACUACCAGGGAAAGUUGGAGAAAUCGCUGGAGCAUCUAAGGAGGCAAAUGGGAGAAGCUCUGCAGUUUCAAACCCAAGGAAAGGAGACGUGUAUUAUUUGGCAGAAAAUGGUGGAGAGCCAGAAACAGAAUGUUACAGCUGAGUUUGAUAAGCUUAGAAGCUUCCUAGCUGAGGAGGAGCAGAGGCUCCUGCACAAGCUAGAGGAGGAGGAGAGUGAGACUCUGCCUAGACUCAGGGAGAAUAAGACUAAGCUGAUCCAGCAAAGCCAUUCCUUGGAAGAGCUGAUCAGAGAGCUAGAGGAGAGAUGCCAGCGUCCUGCCUUGAGUCUGUUGCAGGAUGUGAGAGAUAUAUUGCAUAGAAGUCAGGAUGUGAAGUUGCAGUUGCCAGAGGUCAUUUCUAUGGAGCUGAGAACUGUGUGCAAGGUUCCUGGGCUGGUAGAGAUUCUGAGGCAAUUCAGAGGAGAUGUCACUCUGGAUCCAGAUACAGCAAAUCCUGAAUUGGUCCUCUCUGAAGACAGGAGAAGUGUGAGACGGGGGGAUGUACGGCAAGCAUUGCCUGACAGCCAGGAGAGAUUUGAUCCUGGUCCUUGUGUACUUGGUCGUGAAAGCUUCACUUCUGGGAGACACUAUUGGGAGGUAGAGGUUGGAGGGAGGGUUAAUUGGGCUCUGGGAGUUUGUAAAGAAAAUGUGAAUAGAAAGGAGACGGGAUUGUCUCCUGGCAAUGGAUUCUGGAUCUUGGUGUUCUUUGGAAAUUAUUACUAUUCUCCUGACCAGACCUUCAUUCCACUUAGAGAGGCUCCCCGGCGAAUAGGGAUUUUCCUGGAUCAUGAGGCUGGACAUAUCUCAUUUUAUAGUGUAACUGAUGGUUCUCUCUUAUUCAUGUUUUCACAGGUAACUUUCUCUGGAACACUCAGACCCCUGUUCUCUCCCUUAUCCUGUAGCCCUAUCCCUAUGACCAUCUGUCAGGUAAUAGGAGAAACUGGGGAAUCCUUUACCUCCUGAUUUCUUUUGACAUUUUAGUUCAGUCCAUCUUUUGUGAUCAGGAAUUCAGUGUCCUGGGAGCUUUGCAAUCCUAGGUCUAAUCCUUUUCCAUUUGUCUUAGCAAUUCAAAAGGAUCUGAAGAUUAUUUAGAAAGACAUCCUUUUUUGUUUUAAGAUAGUGAAUAUGAGCUCUACCACUGAGAUAAGUAGUUUGGUGUCAAAACAUUAAGCCUUCCACAUGUAUAUGUACCACACCCAAAUCAUUGGUUUUCCCAACAAUAUCCCAAGUGGUAUGAGGGAAAAAUUCUGAGCUAAUAUGAUCAGGAUUCUAUUCCUGACUCUUCUAGAAGGUAGCUGUAUGACCCUGGGACAAAUUGUUCUGUCUCUGGACCUUGUUAUAAAAUACUUAGACCAGAUAAUAUCUGAAAUCCUCCAUGCUUUUCUAAUGUUCCCAUUUUCACACCAAGGGUCAAAAACUAUUUUUAGGAGCAGAGAAAUCUUGAAAAUUUUAGUAUGAACAUUAGUUUGGCCAAGACCUGGGCUACUGGUAUGUCUUUUGGGUCCAAUACUGAUACAAAAAUGCUUGGGUGCCUUGAUUUUACCAAAUCAGAUCUGCCUAUGCCUGUAGAGAAAAGCCAAAGCAGUUAAGCUGUAUACAGACAUAAACCUAAGAGACAAGUCUCAAACUGUCCCUGACCCAACUUUAACAUAAAUGAGUUCUCUCUCUGGCAAGUAACUUGGUACAUAGUUUUCUCACAUAUAAGAUAGAAGCAUUAAAUUGUUUCAAAGAAUAAUUUCUGCUUUAGAAGUCAUUCAAGUCAUCAGUAAAGAUAAUAGCUAUGUAAAUAGAUAUUAUCUUUUUAUCUAAAUACUAUAUAAAACAUUUAAAUGGGGAAUAAGCAUUUAUAUAGUGGCUACUACGCACUAAACACUUUACAAUUAUUUCAUUUGAGCCUUACAACAAUCUUGUGAUGUGUAGGUGUUGUUAUUCCCAUUUAGCCCUCUUUUACAGUUGAGGAAACUGAGGCAGCUAUUAAGUGUUUAAGGCUGGAUUUGAACUCAGGUUCUGAUUUUUGGCCCUGCACUCUAUCCACCAUGCCAUCUGCUUUACAUGAGUUUCUCACAACCCUUUUAGGCAGUUAGUGUAAAAGGUAAAGAUUAUAUCUUUACCUUUUACUUAAGAUAACUAAAGUGAUUUGCUUAAGGUGUCAAACUAGUUAUUGUCAGAGCUAGGACAACCAAGGUUAUUUGAAUAAAGACGAUAUUCUUUCAACUACACUAUCUAAAGACACAAGGACUCUUUAAUAUAGAAAGAUAUAUUAAGAUAGAAAUCCCCCAAAUUAUGCAUAGGUUGAAUAUAAAUUUGGUCACUAAACUCAGGCAUACUAUAGAAAGGACACUUCUUGAAGUGCAUUCAAGAACAAAAAAAAUAAAUAACAUUUACACGUUCAACAUAGGUCAAAAUAGUGUGAUCUAAAUUUUCUAUCGUCCUCUAAGUGUCUUGUUCCAUGCUUUGUGCAUAUAAGAUACUUAAUAUAUAUUUUUAAAAUUUGAUCAAUAGUUUGCUGACUUGUGAUGUUCAUUUGCUCAAAGAUGUUUUUUUCAGUUGUCUGACUUUUGGUGGGGGGGAGGUAUAGAUCCUGGAUUGGUUUGCUAUUUCUUUCUCCAGCUUAUUUUACAAAUGAAGAAACUGAGGCAAAUAGGAUUAAAGACUUGUUCAGGGUCACACACAGCUAGUAAGUGUCUGAAACUGCAUUUGGUAUCAGGUCUUCUUGAUUCUAGGCCUGGCUGCUAUAGUUGCCCACUCUAUAAGAGAUAAUGAAAACUAAAACUAAAAGUACACAUGGGACAACAGUAUUUCAGUUACAUAGGUAGAAAUCAGUUGGAUUGCAAAGGGCAAGUAGAUUAUUUAGAGUACAUACUACUAAAUUUUGAGGUUGACAUCAAGAACUGCCUUUUCCCAAUCUUUGCAUCAUUAGUGAUAACUUAGGUUGAAUGGACCAUAAGUCUAGCACCAGAUGGAUCAUAAGAUCACAAAUUGAGAGCUUCAAAGAAACUUAGAGAUCAUUUAAUCUAAUCUCCUUAUUUUACAGAUAAAGCAAUUGAGGCUCAAAUAUUGUUACAUGCCCAACGGGACAAAUAAUAAAGUGGGAUGUAAAUCAAAAUCUUUGACUUGAAAUCUAAACCUUUAUACUGUGUCACACAUUUUUAGAACUUGAAGUAUUCAUCCAGUUCACCUAAGUGAGUCAAUUGCCAUGGAUAUAAAGUUGGUCUGAUAGCUUUUGUAAAGCUGUGGCAAUAGUGAUGAUGAAUAUGUUCUAUGGCAAUAAUGAUGAUAAGUGUGUGAUGUGAUAGAGAUAGGAACUGUUGUCCAGAGAAGCAGUUUCAAAUCCCAGUGCUGCCACUAAUUGAGUGAUUGUGGGCAGGUCAUUUUACUUCUCUGGCCUCAGUUUCCUCAAUUCUAAAAUGUGUAUUGUGCUCAUCAAUAUUUACUAAGUUUGUACCAUGGACUGGUAAAAUAUCUAAUUCUCUACUGCAAAUUCAAAAUUAUAUAAAUGUAUAACAUGUAGUUCAAAAUUCUGUCUUGGAAGGGAACAAUGUAGAGUGAUUUAUUCAUUGUGGUUCUUAUCCUUUGACUUAGUGGGUUGGUUGAACUGUCGUUUUUUUUCACACAUGACUGAACUGGUCCUUGUCUCACAUAGAGUUCAUGAUCAGGUCCACACUUGAAAUCCUGCAACAAUUGCAACCAUUUGUAUUUCAUAGGCACAACUUUUAAGAGCCCAGAUUGACAUUCAUAUGAUAAGACAUUAUAGCAAGACUUUAGUGAGGGAUAUGUAUUUAUUAAGUUCUUUAAUAAAGAAAUCUAAAUAUUUUAAAUCUGCCAUUAGCUAUGAAUAUAUAAAUAUAUAAAUAUAUAAAUUUUAAAAUGACAUGUUGCAUGUGGUUUUUAGGUCACGCAAAAUAUUAACUUCUGGUAUCCUAAUUGUGAGACCCUUGAGCAAGCAACUAGUGCCUUAUACUGCUAGAGGAGUUAAAUCAUCAUUGAUCUUCCUGCAAAAAUAACCAAAUGAUCAAAAUAAUGUUAAAUGCAAGUUUUCUUUGGAGAGGCAAAUAGUCUAAAGAUAAAUAAGAACCACUUCAUGGGAUACUUGCUCAUCUCCCUUCACAAUGCUUUUGAUGAGUAUAAAUAAAAAACUUUAUAAAGACAUUUACAGUUCAUAUGCCAAUAAUCUGGUGCAGGGGAUAGAACUUAGAGCUUUCCAAGUCAAAUGUGCUUUAGUGCUCUGACUUUAACAACCCUUUCUACAUAAAAUUUGGGGAAACUUAUGAAUUGGCAUAGUCAUUCUAAAAUGUAAUUUGGAACUGUGCCUUAAAAAACUGUAAGCCUUUUGACCUAGAGGUAUUGCUGCUGGGCCCAUACCCUAGAGAUUUAAAAAAAAAAAUCUAUAAAUUCAAAAAUAUAGCAGCUCUCUUUAUAGUGGCAAAAAAACUUGAAACUAAAGGAGUGCCUAUAAAUUGAAAUGGCUAAACAAAUUAUAAUAUAUGAAUGUAAUAUAAUUCAAUUGUGCCAUAUAAAAAGUAGUUCCAAUAAACCUGGUAAGACAGGUAAGGACUGAGACAAAAAGAAGUGAUAGAACCAGAAAAAUAAGUUAUAACAACAUUGUGAAGACAACUCAAGAAUUCUAAACACAAUGACCAAUCAUGAUUCUCUAAGACAUUCCUAUCCUAUCCAUCUGAAGCAUGAGAUAUGAAAUUUUGGAAUAUGACUAAUGUAGAAAUUUGCUUUACUUUGCAUAUUAUUUUUGCUUUUUUCUUUCUGAAGAGUGAGGAAGUUGGAGGUGGGAAAGAAAAUAAAUGUUAAUUGAGAAAAUGUAAAGAAUAAAAACCGUACUGGAAGAUAUAGUUCAGGAUCAAGAAAUGAAAGAGCCAAAUGCUUAAAAGAACAUUGAGAGUUUCCUAUAUGUCAUAACCUUUUUCAAGAAGAGUUACAAUAUACAGUACAUAAGAAACCCUGGAUAUUCUGAUCAACUUGUGAUCUCAAUGAUAUGGAUAUUCCCUCUGAUAUAUUCGUGCCAGAUUAUUUUGUUUGACUCUCCAUCUUUUCAUGUCUACUUUACUUGCUAGAAAUCUUGUUAUCUUUUGGAAUACUAGUACAGCAUUUACUAUGUGUCCCACUUUUUAAUACCUGGUUGUGUGAUCCUGUUCUUAGUCUCUCAAGCAACCUGCAAGAGAAGGUGACAGUCUAUAAAUAAUGUAAUAAAAAACCCUAAUUAAAUAUAUGUAUAUUCCUGG